CCCGUCACAAGCAUUCAAAAAGUUCCAGUUUUCGAAGCAUAGCGUUCGGUUAUAUAUCGGAGACUCUUAAUAUCCGAUGAUGGCUCGGGGACGUCACGGAGAAGAAGCUCAUCACAAUUUCUUACAUUUCUGAAAGUCUGCGACAUCAUCUCCUGACCUCAUCUCUCCAUUGCUUGCCAUUUCCCUUUCCUCGAUGGCAUUCUUUUUACAGUACAGAGCUAUACAGCGACAUGUGAAGGAAGAGCUACAACGUGUAACUGAAGUUCCAGAUCCAUUGUCAGCACGCUUUUCCGACGGAGCACACGAAUUGGGAGAUUUGGAGUCACCUGGUAAGCUGAACAAAGGUGAACCGUACACACGGAUCCCAGGUAUCACGUUGAGGGAAGAUGGUAACAGCCAGCUCUAUUACCAGGUUGACUGGAGCGGACCCGAUGACCCAUUCAACCCCAAGCACUUCUCGACCCUACACCGUAUCUUUGCGACACUACUCGUAUGUCUCGUCGCUUUCGUUGCAACCCUUGCAUCUUCUAUCGACUCUGCUGUGCUCACUAGAGCGACUGCCGACUUUGGAGUGUCAGAAGUAGCGGAAUCAUUGGCCACUGCGCUUUUCUUGGUAGGGUUUGGCUUUGGUGCCUUGCUCCUAUCUCCCCUCUCUGAGCUUCUCGGAAGAUAUCCUGUCUAUCUUGGCUCCCUUUUCGUUUUUGCCUGCUGGACGCUUGGGUCUGCGCUAGCACCGAACUUUGGCGCUCAGAUUGUCUUUCGGUUCCUAGCUGGGUUCUCAGCGAGCACUCCCUUGACGGUUGCAGGUGGCUCCGUGGGUGAUCUGUGGAGUCCAGUGGAGAAGACAUUCGCCUUCCCACUGUUUGCGAUACCCGCAUUUGGUGGACCAGUUCUUGGUCCUGUGAUAGGUGCAUACAUUGGCUACGAGCAAGACAUCAACUGGAGAUGGACGGAAUGGAUAACGCUUAUUCUGAUUGGAGUUACUUUUACACUUAUCUUGCUCUGCAAAAGAGAGUCAUUCGCACCUCGCCUACUGCACUACAAAGCACAGCACUUCCGGAAACUUACAGGCAAUCAACAGUUCAAGACCGCGACUGAAGCAUCGCAUGGCUCCAUCGGUGAGCUCUUGUCUAGGUCUUUCACUCGGCCUUUUCUUCUCUGCACACAGCCGAUUGUAGUGGCUUUUACACUUUAUUUGAUGAUUGUUUACAUCAUUUUGUUUACGUUUCUAGACGGUUACCCUUACAUCUUUGCGGAAACCUUUGGUAUAAAUGAGGGACUAUCCAAUAUUUGCUUCGUUGGAUUGUUCAUCGGAAUCGCCCUUUCGGCGCUCCUUGUUCCAAUAGCCUACCACAAGACUGUGCGACAACUUAAGGAAGAUGGAGACGAUGGAUCUGGCAAGACCAUACAUCGCGAAUCGAGAUUGUUCUUUGCCAUGAUUGGAGCGCCUACACUACCUAUCGGACUCUUCUGGAUGGGUUGGACUGACUAUGCUUCUAUUUCAAUAUGGUCACCCUUGGCAGCAUCAUUGCUUGUCGGCUUUAGCAAUAUUUGCAUCUUCAUGUCCGCAUACAUGUACAUCAUUGACAGUUACGAAGCAUAUGCAGCAUCAGCCUUGACAUUUGUCGCCUUGGUCAGAUAUGUUGCAGCUGGUGGCAUGACAGUUGUCGGCAUUCCCAUGUACAGAAACCUGGGGACUCACUGGACCUUGACUUUGCUUGGUAUCAUUAGCGUUCUCGCGCUGCCCAUUCCGUAUGUACUAUACCGCUUCGGACCGAGUCUCCGGAAGCGCAGCAAGUGGGCAGUAUAAGUAGAUUGAGGAGGGACGAUAGCAUUGUUGUUGCGCCCUAUCAGACUGUAUAGAAGCAAUGUUUUUUCAAUUCGAUACUGGUGAGCAGAAACAAUGGAAGAAUAGAACGCCUUUGGUUCAUCGUCCAGCUGUACUGCUUCCGGCGACCCACUACCACUAUAAGGGGUGCUUGUUAAUCCUGCUGCUGGUGUUUCGGCGAGAGUUGUCAACUCAACCGCUCCUGAACGUGCCUCCAGAUUCUUAUACAUUAGUCUUUACGACUACUCUACGCGACUACCCUAACCGCAAACAGCACUGGAACGACUCUUCAGACGCGAUGUUGUCUCCAAGUUUGGGAGAGA